AACCCACCUCUAUCUCCAUCUUUCUCAAACCAAACCCACCUCAAGAAAUCACUCAGCCUCACACAUCAAACACGAUCAAUAUGGCCUCCACGAAUGCAGUCUACCGCCCCACACCAACUCCGGACCACGACACUACCGUUGUCGUAGUUGUGUUCGUCUCGUUGGGUUGUGUCAUGUUCUUGGCGUUUCUAGCGUUUGUUAUCUGGUUCUUGAUCAAGAAGAGAUCUAGGAAACACCGUGAGAGAUCUGAGGCGGUUCGUGUGGAUGAGCAUUUUAAGAUGAAGGAAGCUAUAGUCGAAGGACCUGAUGGAAAAAAGUCUGUUGUGUUAUCCGUUGAGGAUGAUGUUCAGUUCGCAGACGCGAUCAAGAAGGAUGAGAAAGAUCUUAAGAAACACGGAGCAGUUGGCCCAUCUGUCGCUUCCCGUUCGUAAAUGAGCAUUCAUAAUAUUGCCAUUAUAUAUAUAUAUAUAUAUAUAUAUAUAUAUAUAUGUUUAUCUUAUAAUUGUGUUUGUGUCUAUCAUUUGUUUGGUGAAAUAAAAAGCAUCCGAAAUAAUUUAUUUAUAUUCUUCCGACGAUAAAGAAUAUUCAAAAUUGGGUUGGUGAUGA